AACACGCCAAGCUAAAAAAACACCUGGAAUCAACGAAAUGCGAUUUGGAGAAAUUCAUAUGUGUUAUUGAAAAGGUUGUACAAUCACAAGAAACCACUAUCAAAGAAACUUUCACACGCUGCAUAAUCACUUAUAUGCCAAGGUUUAAAGAUCGGAUAUUCGAAGUACUGCGAAAACGUGUUUCAGUGCAUGUUAUGGAUAAAAUCUUGGAAGAGCUUCAUCGGUCAAAAAGAUUUGUACCAACUCCUGAGAAUCGUGGAUGUCAAUUGCGAACAUGUUUUGGAUUACCAUGUGCUCACGAACUUGUGAUGUAUGUCGGUACAGGUUUACCUAUUCCAUUAGAUUCGGUUGAACCUUUUUGGAGAAAGCUUGAUUUGACACCUUCUAUAUCUGUGGAAUAUGGUGAUCUUAAUGUUGAUCGUCGUAUGCAAAGGCUUAAAGAAAUAUACAAUAAUCAACCAGAUCAUAUCAAAUACAAUUAUUUAAGGAGAAUGGAGGAGAUAACAGAUCCAUCAACAAAUUUGAUCAAUGAACCUUCGGUUAAGAAAAAUAAUUGUGAACUCCCAAAAGUAAAGCAUGUCCAACAUCAAAGUCAAGCUCCUCACAGAUACAUUUGUUCAGACUUAAAUCAGGAGCCACCACGAUAUAGUUCAUCAUUCAUGGACUUGAACAAUGAUCCGGCCAAGCAUAGUUCAUUCUUCAUGGGUUCAUAUGAGGAACCAAUAGGCCAAUGUUCAUACAACAUAGACUUAAACGAGGAACCAAUAGGUGAAUGUUCAUACAACAUAGACUUAAAUGAGGAACCAAUAGGGCAAUGUUCAUACCAGGCAGACUUGAACGAGGAUCCGAUAGGCUAA